AUGUUAACUUCACCGAUUCCUGCCGACUUAAAUAAUCUUCAAUCUGUAAUUAAUGCUCGUCGUUUUUAUGAGACCUGCAUAAAUGAAACGGUGAUAGAAUCCGAAUCUAUCAAUGUAAUUCUGAGUAUCGUCAAUGAUCUCGGUGGAUGGCCAAUCUUACAAGGUUCAUCAUGGAAUGAAACAUCAUUUAAUCUUACAAAUUUAUUAAUUCGAUUACGUGAAUAUGGUUACAAUAUGAUAUUUGGUUUUGGUACAUCAAAUGAUGAUAAAAAUUCUUCAACUAAUUUUAUUCGAGUUUAUCAAAGUGAUAUUGCUCUUGCACAACGAUCAAAUUAUCUUAAUGAAACAAAAGUUACCAGAUCUUACAGACAGUUUAUUCAAGAUGUAGCUUCAGCGCUAGCAGUUGGUAGAAUAGUAAAUUCUAGUGAAGUUGACGAUAUUUAUAAUUUUGAAAAACUUAUUUCAACUUUUCAUUGGACACCAGCUGAACAACAUGCUAGACAAAAUGAAACAAUUCGUACAACAGUUGGAAAUCUUUCACAAACAUUUAAUACAAGUUUUGGAUUUACGAAUUAUAUUCAACAUAUAUAUUCUUUAUCAAAUAUUCCUUUAUAUGAUAAUGAUAUUGUAUCAGUUAGUGAACUUGAAUUUUUACGUAAUGCAUCAUCGAUUAUUGAUUCAUCUUCGCGACGUGUACUACAAAAUUAUAUUAUAUGGCGUUUUAUUAUGAGCAGAAUAACAGAUAUGCCUAAACGUUAUCGAGCUCUAAAGGAUCCAUUUGAUGAAGCUUAUCGAGGCACUUUUGCUCAACGUCCACGUUCAAUAACAUGUGGAAGUUAUAUUAAUAGUAAUAUGAGUUUUGCUCUUUCAAAAAUUUAUAUUAAACAAUAUUUUGAUGAAAGCGCGAAACAGCAGGCAUUGGCUAUUGAUGAAAAAAUUGGUUAUCCAGAUUUUUUAGGCAGUGAUAAUACAACACAACUCGAAAAAAUUAAUGUUUUAAAAUUAUUAAAAAUAAAAGCCAGUGAAAAUCUUCGAAUGCUUCGUGAACUUGUUGAUCGUAAAGCAUGGGGUGCUAGUCCACCAACUAUAGUCAACGCUUUUUACAGUCCACCAAGAAACCAAAUCAUUUUUCCAGCUGGUAUUCUACAAAUGCCAUUUUUCAAUAAAGAUGCACCGAAAUAUUUGAAUUAUGGUGCUAUCGGAGUGGUUAUUGGUCAUGAAAUUACUCAUGGUUUUGAUGAUAGUGGUCGUCAAUAUGAUAAAGAUGGAAAUCGUAUUUCCUGGUGGAGUGAUGAUACUAUUAAAAAAUUUAAUGACCGUGAAAAUAUUGCUGAUAAUGGUGGAAUAAAAGAAUCAUUUUAUGUAAGUUUUAUUUUAAAUUUAUUUGGAAAAACUGAAGCUUAUCAAAACUGGGUUCGAACGCAUCCAAAUGAAGAUAAAAAAUUAUCUGGUCUAUCUGAGUAUUCAGCAGAACAAAUGUUUUUUAUUAAUUAUGGACAGCUUUGGUGUUCGAAAAUGACUAAUGCUAAUGCAUUGAAUAGAAUUUUAACAGGUGUUCAUUCACCGGGAGAAUUCAGAGCUCGUGGUCCAACAUCAAACUUUGACGAAUUCGAUCGGGCAUUUAAAUGUUCACCUGGGCUAAACAACAAUAGUCAAAAUCCCAAAUGUGCUGUUUGGUAA